GUAUUCAUCACAUAUCAAUACCACGAGUCGCAAGCACCCCAACUGCCUUUGUAUUGGUUGGGUAUCACACUUCAGUUCUAGGUCUGGAACUUCCAAGAUGGACCCACAAUUCGUAGAAGACUCGGACUUCUCAUACGCCGUUUGGAUUCCAUUCCUUACUUUAAAGAACCCGCGGAACGAUGAUCAUGGUUCUUGGAUGCAUGUUGGGACUUCUGCAAUAUCAGGAUUUCUCAUGGCAAGGAUAAUUCAGAGACGCCGCGUAUACCGUGCAUAUGUGUUGCACUCUCUUCAAAAACGGAGCGCUCAUUUCCGCAAAGACUCAUGCCGCUGCAACGUCAUUGCAUCGCCCACAACUGAAAUUCUUCAUCUGUGAAAUGGGACCAACUCUAUCACGUCUGUCGUCUACAUACUUUGAUGGCGUCCCGAGUCCUCGAAUUUGAUUAUUAUGGGAUCAACUCGCUCCUAAAACGAAGAGCCGAUGAUUUCAGCACCAUAAAGCCUCCAGAGUUGUCUUGGUAUCUUGCUUUUCGGAGCGACCUGUGGCCUCUUAGCAGCGGUCACUCCGGCCCACAAUUGUCCAUGUGAAUAAGAGUCACGACAGUCUCCGGGGCUCGCGUCCCUUGACUAGGGCCCUGCAUUCUGUAAAGUGAACAAGAGCAUGACUGUAUCGUCUUUUCCGCCGGGGAGCCUUGGCCAGAAGUCUUAUUCAUAGACUAUCAAAGGUCGUGGCAUCAAGGGAUUCAGAUAAGCUUACGAGUCUAGCGCGAGACGCGGGUUCAUCGUGAAUCACGCUCGAUAUCUUUAGAGCUGCAGCUAAAUGGCGACACUUCACUGACAGCUAAGCAAAUCAAAGUAUCGCUCUAUCUAUGCUUCGUAGGUGGGCUAGGCUUCUAACGGCCCUGUCGCCGUGUGCUCGGUACGAUCUUUUGCAUUCGGCGUCUUGAUCAAUGUUGUGGACCUACCGGACACAAGCUAAGCUUGUUCGGGCCAAGUCUAUGUUGCGCCUGUCUUGGUCUUUCAGAUACAGUAUCUUUGCGAUGAUCACGAAGACUGAGAAGCCUUAAAAUGGACCAGUCGAAGAUUCUCAUGUGCCCGCCCGAAUUCCGCCAUUGGCACCUGUCCAUCUGAUUGGAAUCGGGAUAAGACCUCACAAUGUGCUUAGUAGAUCAAAGGAGAAUGCCGUUGGGACGUCUGGUAUGGAUUUCCGCAAUACUCAUUACUCAUCGGACGCUGGUGCAUGCUAUAUAGUGCAGGUGUUGAGGAUUAACGCUACCACAGAACUUGUCCGCUCUUUUGUUUUGUGGGUUUUUGCACACACCUCUCAUCCACACACUCUAACACAGUUGUGCUCUUUUCUACUUCCUUUACCCCAGGUGUCUGUUUGUCCUCUCAGCGUAAAGCUUAUCCCCUUCCGGCUGGCGUUCCAUCCAGCUUCUUGUAAGGCUGCACGAUGGCCUCCUUUUGAGGUGAUAGACCUCUUCAGAGCUCCUCCUCCAGCCUACCAAGAAGCGGUAACGCACGCAGAAUGGGUUGAACUCAAAGUUUGGGAGUGCUUUCAUGCGCUGCCGUCGUUCCCUAUCAUGUACCGCAUGCAGGUGGUAGUUUAGGUUCAUUUCUAAUGUACAGCAUUGAGAAAAUAGGGAUGCAAUCCUCUAUUUCGUGUCACAUUCAAAGAAAAAUGGGCGUAGUCU